AUGUCAUCCUUUUGCGAUAUUCGGUCUGUAUGUAAAGGCGCGCGUGCCGUUGACGGAAACAGCAAACCAUCAGACAGCGGGAAGGACAACACCGGUCUCAAGCACGCCAGCACGACAAGGCAUGGCGACUACUUCGGUCUUCGGCCGAUGCGCGUCAAAGAAGAAGACUAUCAGAGCCCUGUGCCGGAGUAUGAAGUACUUUCCAUCUGCCGGAUGAAGGACGAGGGCAGCCUCGAGCUACGUCGCUUAACGAUAAUUGUCAACUGGGUCGAAGAACAUGCGGGGUCGAUUCACCAUCCUGGCUUGCAUGUGAUCGCCAAGGUGAAUGAGAAGGGUUUUGACACAAUGCAGAAGGAGAUUCGCCGAUACGAAGAGACGUUGUGA